GCCGUGUGAGGGAAGCAGAAACCGGCAGAUAUUAACCAGACGAGCGUUUCCUGCGUGGAACAUCAGGUUUUACCAGAGCAGGACGAAGUGGGUCAGUAGCAUCAGCUGAGAGACGCCGUCUCCCUGCUGACUUCUUGCCUCAGGACUUAGUGUGUCUUCACACAGCAGCCGUGUGUUUCAGCUGAAUCCUUAACGAGGCAGUUCAGAGGUCAACUGCUCUGGGAGUUUGGACGAGGAAGAAAAGGAAGAGGAGGAGGGACUCAGAUCAUCUGCGUUUCUUCAGGAAGCUGAAUGUUUCCUGUGGACCAGCUGGUUGUUGUGGCGCCUUAUGUCUCAUGUCAGUCUUUGUUAAAAGCCUGAUAUUGCCUUUAUGAUGCAGUCUGGAUCAGAACCUUAACAGAACUGGGGAAGCUGAGUGUUGAUGCGUGACAUGAACGAUGAAGAUGUGUCAUCAGAUCCACGGCUGAAGCUGCUGGUGAGUUUCAGAGAAAAGAUCAGAUUCUGGAGGAACUUGCUGAAGGCAGACAUUCUGGAGUGAGAAAACCUGAAGAACAAUGCUCCUCCUCGUGCUGUUUACAACUGUUAUUACAGUUUCACUGAGCAGUGGUUUGUAUGUUGAGCUCAGCAGACUCACAGUUAUACCAGGUGUUUGCUAAUAGCUGCUGCUGCUAGUCUGAAGGAGCUCCGUUUAGGUUUAGGUGUUCAGGUAUCCCUGAAUGGCUGCUACAGGAGAUUCCCGGAUUCCUCAAACAUGCAUGAAAGAAUCACAGCAACACUCCAGAUAAUCACAGAGCCAUGUCUGCAGGCCUGGAGGACACAGACAACGUGUUCGACCUGAACGAGGCCGUCCCGGAGACAGAGCUGCUGGACAACAGCAUCCAGAAGGGCCGGGCCCAGCUGUCCGUCAAAACGCGCCGCCACCGGCCCUCGCGCUCCCGUUACCGUGACAGCGUGAGCUCCACGGAGGGAGACGACGGCUUCGACAGGAAGGAAAGUCCGGUACAGUCGGCCCGCUCACCUCUACACCUGGCCAUGAGAGGCUCCUCCCCCUCACCUGAUUUACUUGUGUCGUCCAGAAGCCCCGCCUUUUCCUUCGAUGCAUCACUGGGGCGUCGGUCUCCAGAGGACGAGGGCGCCUCAUUGGCCGCUCCACCACGGGGGCGGUACCAUCAGCUGACCAACGCCACGUCACAGGAGGCUCUGGUGACGCCGAGCAGCUCGCCAUCUAAAUCCUGCCCCUCCUCUGACUGCUCACCUGUAUACAUGAGGAGGAACAGGAGGCCGGACAGCGAAGUUCUGGUUUCUGAUACGAGUCGAGACACGAGUCCAGCCGAUCCCGGCAGUCCGACCGUCGUCUUUGACAAGAAGACAAAGAGACGUUUCCUGGAUUUAGGGGUGACACUCAGACGUUCCUACAUCAGAGUGAGGAAAGAUAAAUCCAACAGGCUCUCUGUGGGCAGCAGAGAACCGUCUGAGAGUCCGUCUCGGUCCUCUGGAUCCUUCGUCUCGUUUUCCUGGUUCACUGAAGGUCGGGGGUCCUUCUCCUCCUCUGGGACUCCUCCAUGUUCUCCCAAAAUCCCCCCACUGGGCUCCCAGAGACCCAGGAAGUCCCACUCACAGGAGUCGGCUCUCAGUGAAGAGUUUUCUCCUCCUCCCACCUCCUCUUCCACCUCUCCUCCUCCAGAGUCGUCCUCCAGAUCCUCCCAUCCGUACCACACCCUGUCCCAGUCCUCCGAUGAGCCCUGUGACGAGCCUUUCUCCUCCGUCUCCUCCUGGUCGACCCAGGAGGUUUGCCAGUGGCUCCGAGGACUCCACAUGGACCAGUAUGUCCCAGAGUUCAGCGCCAGAGACAUCGAUGGAGAGCAGCUGCUGCAGAUGGACGGCACCAAGCUGAAGGGUCUGGGCGUGCUCAGUUCAUCCGACCGCAGCACUCUGAAGCGCCGCAUCAAAGACGUCCAAACUGCGGCGGAGAAAGAGAGGAAAGCUCUGGACAAACUGGAGAAACAGAAGGAAAAACAGCGCAGGAAAGACCAGGAGCAGCGCAGGAACUGACUACCACCACCAGAGGGAGCCAGACGAUAGUCCAUGGAUUCCUGUCAGAGUGAGACUUCAACCGCAAUGAACUAUCUGUGGUUUUUAUGGAAAACCUGGAAUUCCUGACUGCAGAUUUCCAGACCUGGAAACUGGUUUGAGGAAAUGAGACUGAGAGAAAGUUCUGGAGAAACAUGAAAAAUUAUUAAAUCUUUCAAACAUU